AUGCUGAUCACUGUGUACUGUGUGCGGAGGGACCUCUCCGAAGUCACCUUCUCUCUCCAAGUCAGUCCUGAUUUUGAGCUUUAUAACUUCCGGGUACUUUGUGAACUUGAGUCUGGCAUUCCUUUGGAAGAGACUCAAAUAAUCUACUCAGAGCGACUCCUUGCUGAUGACCAUUGUUCCUUGGGGUCCUAUGGCCUCAAAGAUGGUGAUGUUGUAGUCUUACUUCAGAAGGAGAAUACAGGGUCUCGACCUCCAGGCCGAACAGCGAGCCAGCCUCAGAUAGAUUUAAGUGGGGCAGCCAUACCUGGAACAUCCAGCUCCCGCCAACAGCAAUACCAUCACCAGCAACGUGCACACAUAGCUCAUCAGGCCCGCUUGGCUUCUGGAGAGAAGAUGGCAUCUUCUCAAGGUCUGGACAGUCCAGCCUUGAUCCGAAGCAUGCUGCUUUCCAAUCCCCAUGAUCUGUCCCUGCUGAAGGAGCGCAACCCGCGCUUGGCAGAAGCUCUGCUCAGUGGAAAUCUUGAGACCUUUUCUCAGGUCCUGAUGGAACAGCAAAGGGAGAGGGCCCUGAAAGAGCAAGAGAGGAUUCGCCUCUAUGCUGCUGACCCAUUUGAUCUGGAAGCUCAGGCCAAAAUCGAAGAAGAAAUUCGGCAGCAGAACAUCGAGGAAAACAUGAACAUCGCUAUGGAAGAAGCACCUGAAAGUUUUGGACAAGUUGCCAUGCUUUAUAUUAACUGCAAAGUGAAUGGGUAUCCUUUGAAGGCUUUUGUUGACUCGGGAGCACAGAUGACAAUAAUGAGCCAAGCUUGUGCGGAGAAAUGUAACAUCAUAAGGCUGGUCGACCGACGCUGGGCUGGGAUUGCUAAAGGAGUGGGCACCCAGAGAAUUAUUGGCCGCAUUCAUCUAGCUCAGAUUCAGAUCGAAGGUGAUUUCUUACAAUGCUCUUUCUGUAUAUUGGAGGAGCAGCCCAUGGAUAUGCUACUAGGACUAGAUAUGCUUAGAAGACAUCAGUGUUCCAUUGACUUAAAGAGAAACGUCCUGGUGAUUGGCACCACUGGCACGCAGACUUUCUUUCUUCCGGAGGGAGAUUUACCCUCGUGUGCUAAGUUAGUAAGUAGUUCUGGGCAUGAUGAGUCUUCAAACAAGGAAGUAGCAGAUUGUUUUAAACACUAGGUCCUAGAUUAAGGGUAGAAAAAGCAUUGAAGCAGUUUGUGAAUGUAUCACCGCUCUCCAGGUCCCAGAAGAAGUGAGCUCACUGGCAAUCUAAUCAUUAAAAACAUCAGUAACAA